AACUAUGAGACUAAUAAACUGAUGUCGGCAGCCUGAAAUGAUAAACUGAUGUCGCCCACGAGAAAUGAUAAACUAAUGUCGGCAGCCUGAAAGUCUCAAAGAAUGCAGCAUAUACCUGCAUAAAACAUUUUGGUGAGCUGUGAGAAUCUCCAAGCCUUUGUAUUUUCAGUGACAAGUUAGCCUAAACAUGGCAGAGUACGUAGUUUCCUUAGUACUAGAUAAAAUUGCAACCCAACUCAUUGAUGAAGCUGUUUCCUUGUCAGAAGUCUGUAGACAAGUUGAAUGGAUCCAAGACGAAUUGAGGCGAAUCCAAUGCUUUCUUAAAGAUGCUGAUGCAAAGCAAGAUGGUGAUGAAAGAAUUAGAAACUGGAUAGCAGACAUUCGAGAUGUUGCUUAUGACAGCGAUGAUGUUAUUGACAUCUACAUCCUCAAAAUGGCACAACAGAGAAAAUUCAUGUGUUUUGACUGUCACCCUUUCAUGUUGAGCAGGUUCAUUGCUCGCCACAAGAUCAACAGGCAGAUCAGUAAGGUCAAAACUAAAAUUCAAAAUAUCAAUUACAGUAGAGGAACUUAUGGAAUUGAAAAUUUAGGGAGAGGGGGAGAAGCGACAGGUCUUGCAGUUGGUAGGCUUCGGGAGAAGAGACGAUCCUCUGCUCAUGCUUGGGAAGACGACACUGUUGGUUUGGUGGAAGACAUGAACAAGUUGGUGGCAAGAGUGAUUCAUGGAGAGCCGCGGCGAUCGGUAAUUUCAAUCAUUGGUAUGGCAGGCCUAGAAUAUAGAGUCAAGGAGAUCUUACAAUAUUUAGGCAAAACAAUAUUGGGGCUUGGAAAAGCGGACUUUGACACAAUGAGUAAUGAGGAUUUGAAGGAAUUCUUGUCAAAAUUCUUGGAGGAGAGGAGGUAUAUCAUAGUGCUUGAUGAUAUUUGGAAAAUAGAAGUUUGGGAUGAUCUCAAAGCAGCCUUUCCAGAUGCAGAGAAUGGGAGUAGGAUAGUGUUAACUACCCGUUUCAAAGAUAUUGCUUUACAUGCUGAUCCAAGAAAACCGCCACACGAGCUAUGCCUUCUUAGUGAUGAGGAUAGCUGGAAAUUGUUGUCCAAAAAGGUGUGCCUAGAAUGGAACUCCAUAAGAACUUUACCUCCAUGGUCUGAAGGGCUUGGCAGGCAGAUUGUGAAAAAGUGUGGGGGCUUACCUCUUGCUAUUGUAGUAUUGGGAGGUCUCCUGUCCAGAAAAGAAGCAUCCUACAGUGACUGGCUCAAAGUGUUGCAGAGUGUGCAUUGGCAUAUAACACAAGACCCAACUCUAUGUGCUGACAUCUUAGCAUUAAGCUAUCACGACUUACCAUACUACUUGAAACCAUGUUUUCUCUACUUGGGUCUUUUUCCUGAAGACUUUGAGAUUUCGGCCCGGAAGUUGAUCUUGUUAUGGGUUGCCGAGGGAUUUGUACAGCCAAGAGGCCAAGAACCAUUGGAAGAUGUUGCAGAGGAUUACUUGGAGGAACUAAUAGGAAGAAGUAUGAUUCAGGUUGCAGCUAGGAAAUCAAAUGGAAGAAUUAAAGCAUGCAUUAUACAUGACCUUUUAAGGGAAUUUGCAAUAUCAAAAGCUACGGAGGAUCGAUUUCUUGAAGUCAUUCAUCAGGAUGUCACAGUCAAGUCCUUUACAAGAGGUCGUCAUCUUUCUGCACACUGCAGAGUUCCCCCUGCAUUAAAAAACACUUCAAAGGUCCGCUCCUUACUGUGCUUUGACCUUAAUGAACCCGUUUUCAGAGAAAUGAAGAAAUUCAAACUGCUGCGAGUUCUUGACUUAGAAGGCAUUCAUAUAGCUAGGCUUGACUCAGCUGUUGGAAAGCUUGUUCAUUUGAGGUACUUGGGGUUAAGAGGUACAUGGCUAAAAACGCUCCCUUCAUCAGUUUGCUAUCUUGUGAAAUUGCAGACUUUAGAUCUGAGAUCAACUUUAGUCAGUCCUAUUCCUGCUGUGGUUAUCAAGCUGCAGCAACUAAGACACCUAUUUUUCAAUGAACUUGGGGAGAUGGUGCCAAGCCCACCACCCUCUAGGACAUUUCUUGCAAAUCUCCAAACCUUACAUGGGUUGUGCAUUAAUGGGACUGAAAGUGUAGAGAAUGUUUUAAACAAGCUAACCAACCUAAGAGAACUAGAAUUGUACGGAGAGCUAGAGUUGCAAGAAAAAGCUUUAGGCAUGUGGAUUUUGAACCUGAAGGGUCUCCAUUGUUUGAAGUUGCACGCGAGAGGAUUUGCUGCUGCUGUUGCCAUCCCAAUGCUGGACUUUUCAUCUCACACUCAUCUCCACAAGCUGCACUUGGUAGGGCUUCUGAAUAAAACACAAACUUUUCCGCCAAACCUUACCGAGCUGUCCUUACAAAACUCCUUUUUGACUGAAGACCCCAUGGAAAAGCUGGAGCAGCUGCCAAACCUGAGAGUUCUGAAAUUGAAGCAGUCAUCAUAUGUUGGAAAAGAAAUGAUUUGCAGUAGUGGGGGUUUUCCACAACUGCAGAUCUUGAAACUUUCUUUUCUUUUCUAUGUAGAGACAUGGCAAAUAGCAGAAAAAGCAAUGAGCAAUCUGAGAGAAUUAGAGAUUGUUGAAUGCAAGCGGUUGAAGAUUGUUCCAAGAGGACUAUGGCCAGUAAGUAGUCUUUGCAUUUUAAGAUUGGGAUAUAUGCCUCUUGAUAUUGAAAUGAGGGUUCAAGAACGUCAGGGUGAAAACUGGUAUAGACUUGAGCAUACACUUCCAGUUUGAGGAAAACAUCUUUGCUAGCCUUGAGUCAUAUGUAUCUUAGCUUUACCAUUGUUUUGGUUUUAUCCCCAAGUUGUUGCCUUUUUCUUUUCUUGGCAAGUAAUGUUUUCAAUCACCUUAGAACAAAUAAUUAAACAAGUGUAGGAAUCAGAUUUCUGGCAGGGAAGGAGAAAAGGGGCCACCAGACUUAUCUUGAUCCCAUGUUCUCUUGGUCAGAGAACUGCUGCAUUUAAUCGAGUCAAGUUCGAGCGAGUAGUGAGUGAUCAAGUCUUGUUUGCUAAUUUUGAUUCCAACACGAAUCGAGCUUGAGUUUAUUACUGAAUUACAUCUUACAGUUACAAAAUGCUCAUUUAUUUAUUGAUUGAGUUCAAGAUUAUUUGAGUUAAUUAAUUUUAACAAAAUAAAUUAUUUAUAUUGUAUCUUUCAACUUUAUCUACAAAUUUUCACGAGCUUUUUAAUUAACAAGUAUUUGCAAGCAUGCAAAUCUUCUUUAGCUGGACUUUUCUACUUCAGCACAAUUUGUAGGACUCCGCCUUUUUCAGUUUUAGGCAUAUAAUUGAUCUGGCAGUACUGGAUAUAGGGUGGCAGUGUUUCUACAAAUCAAUACUUGAAGAAAAGAAGCAAGAUUGAUAAUACUGGCUAAGAUUGGAUGUCAAGAAUGGUUUUUUUUUUUUCCUCAAGAAAGUAACUAUUCAUUAAUAAUAAUGGUCUCAUUACAGUGCAUUAAUUAUAUGAGUGCAAAACUUUGAUGUUGGCAGAGAAUUGAGUUUCAAGAAGUGCAAGAAAGCGCUUAAAGACUGAAAAAACUUCUGCCUCAGACCGGAGGAAAUAAACCCAAGUAAAGCGACUAAAGUCAUCAAUGAAAGUAAUAAAGUACUUGUAAUGCGUAUGAGAAAUAAUAGGUGCAAUCCCCCAAACAUCACUAUGAAUAACAUCAAAACAUUGUGAGGCACGAGAUGCAUGAUGAGGAAAGGGUAGAACUUUACUUUUGCCAAGUUUGCAUGAUGUACAAUCAAAAGAAAGAUCAAGAGAAGAACAUGCUUUAUUUCCCAAUAAUCCAGAAUUAAACAAAGUACGAAGUACAUCAGAGUGUGGGUGGCCUAGACGUCUAUGCUAUAUCUUAUUUUCAGAACCAACAACAUUACAUGCAAAUGAAAGUAAAGGAAAACUAGGAAUAAUAGUGGAAGGAGAAAUAUGAAAAAGAAAGAGUCGUCCCACUUUAGGCCUCUUCGCAAUCAUCUUCCCUGACACUUGAUCCUGCAUAACACAACCAGAACGAGAGAAAUGGACAUUACAAUUAUUAUCAACCAAUUGACCAACAGAAAUAAGAUUUGUGGAGAGGUCAGGAGACACAAAAACAUCAGUUAAGGAAGAGGAAAAAUCACCAACAACACUGAUAGGUAGAGAACUGCCAUCAACGGUGUUAAUUUUCAGAUUUCCAUCAUAAUUUCUGACAUUGAAAAGAGGAACAACAGUAUUGGUCAUAUGGUUAGAGGCUCCAGAGUCAAAAUACCAUGGCGUAGAAGAAACUGUAUGAUUACCUGAGAGUCCAAAAGCAGAAAAAGCAUAAAUGAUCAUCUGUUGUACCAUUUCAGGAGUGAGUGGGUUCGAGUUUGCUAAGGCUGUAGAAGAAGGAAUAGGAACAAUCGGCGAGGCAGUAGGCAAUACAGUAGAACAAGAGGCACCAGUGGAGGCAUGAUAGGCAGUACCCUGCUUCCGCUAAGGUCGAAUGGGACAAGCAAAGAUGAUAUGACCCUGUUUCUUGCAGUAGUUACAGAACUUUUUGGGACAAUCCCGAGCAAUAUGACCAAAAGUUUUACAACUAAAGCACUGGACAGCACACAUAUCUCUACUCUUAUUCCUCCCCUGUGCUGCAUAAGCUACAGAAACAGGUGCACUAACAUUAGCCCGAUGUUCCACGGCAGCCUGAGUUACAAUACGUUGCUCCUCACGAAGAAGUUCACUCAAACAGGCAUCCAGAGAUGGUACAGGAUGAAGAUUCAUCAGAUUAGACUGUGCAAUUUCAAAGUCAAGUCGUAGCUUCAUCAAGAAUUGAUUGCGCUUGCUGGUUGCAUGCACUGCUUGGACAGCAGAGAGAGCUAUAGCAGGAACAUUAGCAUAAACAAUAUCCAAAUAAUCAGCCCAAAAGGUUUGAAAACCAAAAAAAUAUUCCUCAAUUGAGAGACUUCUUUGUGUGAAAUUAGCCAUCUCAUACUCGAAUUGAAAUCUCCUAGCGGAGUUGUUUUGAUUGUAAACUGUGUUGAGAUAAUUCCACAUAGCAGCAGCGGUUUUAUAAGGCUUCAAAUUAAGAACAAGAUGAGGCUCAACCGAGUUAAGGAUCCUAGUCAUAACCCGAGCAUCCUUAAUUUUCCACUUAGACAAAGCCUCGACAUCUUGAGGUGCGGGAGCACUCCCAUCAAUAUGACCCCACGAUUCUUUUCUUUUCACAAAUAAUUUAAAUUGAAACUCCCAAGCAGAAUAAUUUUUGCCAGUAAAUCUAAUAUGGAACGAUUCCAACUUAUCCGAUGACAUGAUACAACCAAGAGGCAGAGAGAAUAUCCCACCAGAAAAUUGUAACUUGAACCGUAGAAAAAAAAUUCACAAAGAAUCACGCACCAGAAAAUUUAUUGCACUGAAAAGAAGCACAACCAGGGACGACAAUAGAGAUCUCCAAAAGCCACAACUAACAAGAAAUCACCACUAGAGGUGCUGAAAACAAGAGACCAUACCAGAAAACACCACAGACAGCGCCGAAAACAAGAGCCCAGAACUGGAAAAUGCAACCAAUGGUGCCAACAGCAAGAACAGAACCAAAGCACCCACUUUUGAUGCUGACAGAAACCCAAGAACCAAAAAAAUAGCCACAGACCGCCGAAAUCAACACCUAAAUACCCCCAUGAGAGAAAAAAAAAAUUGCAAAGGAGGCAAGCAAUCAAACCUGCUCUUGAUAACAUGUCAGAAACUAAAGAGAAGAAAUAUACGAAGAGAUGUUUUUUUGGCAAAAGUGCUCUCUGACUUUCAUCACCAUUUUUCUUAUCAAUGUGUCAGUUCUAUACAUGGAAAAUAGUCAAAUGCUAUACAUGGAGCCCCUAACUAAUCCGUAUUAUUUAGCCUAUAUACAUGGUAAUACAUCUAUACAGCUAAUAUUAAUAGAGAAGUCCUAAAUUAUAUAAA